UUAAAGACUUAUUUAUAAAUUUCAUGCACGAGUACACUGUAGCUGUCUUCAGACACACCAGAAGAGGGCAACAGAUCCCAUUACAUAUGGUUGUGAGCCACCAUGUGGUUCCUGGGAAUUGAACUCAGGACCUCUGGAAGAGCAGUCAGUGCUCUUAACCGCUGAGCCGUCUCUCCAGCCCCACAAAUAAUUUAAAGAAAAUGAAGAAGGGGCUGCAGAUGUGACUCAGUUGGUAGAGUAUUUACCUAACAUACACAAAACCUAGGUUCAGAGACCUCUGCUAGGCUUCAGUUAUGGAGGAUGGGGAGGAGCAGUUGAGCCCAGUACCUCCGAAGACCACCGAGGAAGUAACAAAGCCUCAAUUCCUAGUUGUGGGAAACAAUGUCCAAAUCAUGGAAUGGUUAAAAAGACAAGAGGUUCUGCCAUGCCUCCCACCGGCACAGGGGGUCCAAAAGAAAGGUCUCCUCCAGAAAGACUCUGAAAAAUCACCUGAGAAUCUGAGGAAAGGCUCCGAUGCACUGAGAACAUCUGAUCAACACUGAGCUCAGUAGCAAAGAUCCAGAGCCAGAGGGGCAGGCUCGGGAAAGUGCCAGGGUUUCCCACUGACCCGGCAAGCUCCAAGCUCAGCAACAUCAAGACCUCCCUGCUCCACAGGAAUCCUGUCAGGCAAUGGACAUUGACUGAGGGAAACCACCAAGCGCUUUUGUGGUACAAAUAAUAAAAGUACUCAUGUGAACAACAACAAAAGAAAACAAACCUCGGUUCAAUCCCUGGCACACCAUAAGAUGUUUAGUUGGGAGGUGGAGGCAGGAGGAUCAGAUAUUUAAGGUCAGUCUUUACUACAGUGAACUUGAAGCCACCCAUGAGACCCUAUCUGGGGGGUGGGGGAGGGGAAAGGCAAGCCAUGACCAGAAGAAAAUAUUUGCAACGCAUACAUUUAAAGUUUGAUUAAUACCAUCCAAAUAUGUAAAUGCUGCGAUUCAAAACAAUGGGACUACCCAAUGAAGGCAGUGGACAAGACAACAGUUCUUCGCACAAGGUCUGUGAAAGGCCCUACUGCGCUGGGCCAAGCUGGGGAUAGGUGCCAAUGCAAAUGAGAAGGUAUAGAGGUCAAAAGCCGACAAGCAGUGCCCUCACCCACACUGAGCCCUUCGUGGUGUGGGUUUCCCCCAUGCUGGAAAGCUUUCUUGGGUGGUCUCCUGGCAGACAUUUUUGAAAAUUACUGACCCUUCAGGUGGGGCUGGUUGGGGGUGAUACUUCUCCUCAGUCUUCAAAUAUGACUAGAUAGGAAUGGGCUAGCCUUUGGUAGGUUAUGCUGGCUGUGAUGUUUCCUACAUUCAGUGGGCACAGUGACUGAAGCAGCUGGGAGCUCUGGGGCCACUUGGUCCUCACUGUGGAGGGUUGCCAAGGGACAAGCAGAAAGUGCAUGCUGGGGCUGGGGGUGGAGUAGGGGGGAGGGGCUGUGGUGGAAGCACUUCAGAGAAUCCACCUGGUCUCUGGAGAACGGUUCCUUUAUGGAAAAAGACCAAGGGAAAUAGCAGGUGCAUGCUCCCUCUGCCUCCUCAGGGAGGAGUUGGCCAGGCCCUCUACCUACUAGAGUUAAUGGAGGGUCUGGCUUCCUCUUGAAGGGUCUUGAAGGCCAACCGAAGGUGCCACACCUCUCUAGGUUCCUUUGAAUGUUUGCUUCCCCGUCCUUGCCCUGAUUCACCAGCUCAUGGCUCCUUGAUACCCGUUAUAUACAUUCCGAGGUCAUGUUCAAUUCCAGGCAGAGAGGUAGGUAAGAGAUCGGGGUGGAGGGAUGGCACCUCCGUUGGCAAGACGCCACUUGCACGGUACAAUACCUGGCAUCCAGGUACUAUGGCACAGACAAUGGUGUAAGCGAACAGGUCCCGGACGUUGCUGUCAAUGAGCACGAAGGGCAAGUCAGUUCCUCCAUCUGCCACGUCCUCCUGGGCCUGCCCAUUCUCAGCAUACUAGAGCUCUAAGGACAGCAGGCAGACCAGUUAUUUAUGAAAUUCGCCCUAGAGUUAGCAACUUAAACCACGUCCAUAUAUUAGUGCACAGUUGCUGUGGGUUGGGGGGGUCUAGUACAUGGGUGAGUCUUCAGAGUAAGGCCUCAUAAUGGUUGGAUCAUGGUCAUCUAAACAGGAACUCACUUUUCCAUCUUGAAGAUGGUAUGGCCCCCUUCAUCUGCAAAGCCAAUAACAAUUCUGGGUAUCCUCUUUCGGAUCUGACAGUCUGACUAGCUAAAAGAAAUCCUGUUUUUAAUUAUAAGAUUUUAGGUAUAUGAGUACACUGUCUUCAGACCCACCAGAAGAGGGCAUCAGAUCCCAUUACAGAUGGUUGCGAGCCACCAUGUGAUUUUCAGAAAUAGAACUCAGGACCUUUAGAAGAGCAGUCAGUGCUCUUAACCGCUGAGCCAUCUCUCUAGCCCAGAAAUCCUCUGGUUUUAAGGGGCCAUGUAACUAAACUGGGCCCACCUAGCCACUCCAUGGCCACGCCCCUUUUGAGGAUCCACACCCCUAUGUAGGCAAAGAGCCUCUUGCCAUGGAACACUUUGAGUGUGCACAGGUUCUAGGGUUAAGGCAUCAAUGAUGUUACAGGAUCAAGGCAGGAGACACACAGCAGUGGCCAGAAAGAGAUUGUCUUUCUACCACUGCCUUCACCGUGCUUUCCGUUUAAACAGGAAAAAUUAACUCUCUCACAGACUAAUUCCCAGGACAGGCAGACAGAAGGCACGUGUAGAACCUAUCAGAGCCAGAACGCUCAGGGAUGUUCCUCAGGUACCGAGAUCGUCAUGAGAUUUGCUGGUUAACAGAAAGUAUGGUUUCUGCAUCAACUCCUGUCAGUUUCUGUCCUCGAUACCUUUGAAGUGUUAAUUGGAACAGUGAGUGAAAUAAACCCUUUCUUCCCCAAGUUGCUUUUGGUCAGUGUCUCAUCGCAGCAAUAGACACCCUAAUAAGACUCUGACCCAUUCAUCCAGCCCACAUUUUGAGUUGGCGGUUCCACUUAACUAACUAGCUAAUUCGAAUUUAACAGACUUGGAGGACAUUAGGCCUGGACACAUGUUCCCCGACCACCAACUGCCACCAGCCUGUGAAACCAAGGACUGAAAUUACACACCACGAUGACAAGGACCAAGAAGACACAAGGGGUCCAGAGCAGAAUGCCAGCGAUAGCUUUAGGUGUAUCCACCUGGAUGUGGUUGGGUUUUCUUCAUGUUCAUCAUGGAAACAGAGAGCCAAUGUAAUAUUUUCUAGAGGCACAGCAAGACCUCGGCAGAAACAGCGCGCUGGAGCGUAGUCACCGCCCCCUUUGGGACGUGGCCUGACGUCAGCGGAGGCGUAGCGAGGGGAGGAGCAGCAGCCGGCUUGGGGCGGUCCUGAGCUGGGUCACGUAGCUCAGGUCCCAGACUUGGGUCACACCGCGCUUUACACCGUCCUCCGGCCGUCGCUCGCAGUCUCUCCGCCACCAUGCCUAUGUUCAUCGUGAACACCAAUGUUCCCCGCGCCUCCGUGCCAGAGGGGUUUCUCUCCGAGCUCACCCAGCAGCUGGCGCAGGCCACCGGCAAGCCGGCACAGUACAUCGCAGUGCACGUGGUCCCGGACCAGCUCAUGACUUUUAGUGGCACGAGCGACCCCUGCGCCCUCUGCAGCCUGCACAGCAUCGGCAAGAUCGGUGGCGCCCAGAACCGCAACUACAGCAAGCUGCUGUGCGGCCUGCUGUCCGAUCGCCUGCACAUCAGCCCGGACCGGGUCUACAUCAACUAUUACGACAUGAACGCAGCCAACGUGGGCUGGAACGGUUCCACCUUCGCUUGAGCCCGGGCCUCACUUACCUGCACCGCUGUUCUUCGAGUCUUGCUGCACGCCCCGUUCUGUGUUUAUCCACCCGUAAUGAUGGCCACCUUCCGGUCGGGAGAAAUAAAUGGUUUGAGACCA